GUUGCUUUUAUCUCAUUACAGCAGCUCCGGAAGUAAUUGCAUCAGCUGGUUUCCUAACGAUCUCGUUCUUUUAGCUCGUAUUUUUCCCUUUUAUCAGUUUAGCAUUUGUCCUCGAUUUUGCUCAAACGUCAGCAAUUUACGGGUUUUUGUUUUCGUCGUAACGAAUUAUCGCCAUGGAUGCAGUUUCUGUUUUUGAGCUCUGAAUUCCAGCUAGCCGUAUAACAGCACCUGAAGAUGGCAAAUAUGUUUUGCACUACGCAACGAAGAAGCUUAGAGCAUCGUUUAAUACUGGUAGAAAAAUAUCUGCUGUGUCUAAGUUUAUUUAUAAUAGUAUAGCCAUCUGAGCAUAGGGCCAAUAGCGCAGCGGAAGAUCAUAGUGACUUUUUGAAUUAAUCGACUUGGUCAUAUUAUAAAAAUGCUGGAGAUGACUCCUGUUCCUGUCUCAGCCUCGGAAUGGAGCCAGGCAGGGGACCCGAAUCAAGAGGAGCCAUGUCCGAAGCCAUCGAGGUCCGAACCGGUGUGGGACUCCAGGAAGUUCGAGCGGCUGUGUAGCCGAGACCAGAAGGAGCGAGCGGCCGCCCUGGACGCGCUGACCCAGGCGGUGCUGUUGUGCCUGGGUAGCGAGAGGCCCGGCUUGGCGGAACCGGGAGAGAGUUCGCCGAAGCUCGACAAAGAGACUCUGCUGCAGCUCCUGAGGGUGUCCAAGAGCUGCCCCUUCCGCGACAUCAGAGAAAAAGCGGCAGAGCUCCUUCACGCCGCAGAGGAGCGAGGUGUUGAGGUUCCACAAGUCCUAGGGAGAGGACCGAGUUUCUUCAUCCCAGCAACAGAGAUUGCGGAGGAGGGGGUCCAGCAGGGCGAGCAGGUGCUCAUCGAGGCGUUCGUGUCCCUGGGCCGGGUGGAUCACGUCACCAUGGUGAUGGGCCUGCACCCCGAGUACCUCAGCAGCUUCCUGCGCGCGCAGCACUACCUGCUCCAGCUGGACGGGCCACUGCCCUACGCCUGGCGACACUACAUUGCCAUCAUGGCUGCUGCCCGUCACCAGUGCUCCUACUUGGUCCAGCUGCAUGCCUCCCGCUUCCUGCAGGUGGGCGGGGACCCCCAGUGGCUGGGGGGGCUCAGCUGCGUGCCCUGGAAGCUGCGGAGCCUGAACGAGCUGAACAAACUGCUGGCGCAUCGUCCCUGGCUGGUCACCAAGGAGCACAUUGAGGCCCUGGUGCGGCCGGGAGGCGAGGGCUGGUGCCUGGCGGAGCUGAUCCACGCGGUGGUGCUGCUCACACACUACCACUCCCUCUCCUCCUUCGUCUUCGGCUGCGGCAUCAACCCCGAGCCGGACCACGAGGGGGGGCACGCCUUCCGCUCCCCGUCUCCACACCCCACCGACAGCCCUGCGACAGAGGAGGGGGCCAGCAGGCCGGGGGCGGGGGAGGCCCUGCAGGAAGUGGAGGCCCUGAUGAGGAAGAUGAGGCUGCUGCAGGAGCAGGAGGAAGAGGCCAGCCAGGAGGAGAUGGCCACCCGCUUUGAGAGGGAGAAGAGCGAGAGCCUGCUGGUGGCGCCCUCUGAUGACAGCACACGGCCCACCCCUGCCACCGUGUCCUGUUUUGUGGAGGAUCCCGAUUUUGGCUACGAGGACUUCACUCGUCGUGGGGAGCAAGCGCCACCUACCUUCCGUGCCCAGGACUACUCCUGGGAGGAUCACGGCUACUCCCUGAUCAACCGGCUCUACCCAGAUGUGGGGCAGCACCUUGACGAGAAAUUCCAGGUAGUCUCCAACUUGACUUACAACACAAUGGCCAUGCACUCCGGUGUGGAUACCUACAUGCUGCGCAAAGCCGUGUGGAACUACAUCCACUGCGUCUUUGGGAUUAGGUAUGAUGACUAUGACUAUGGUGAUGUCAACCACCUACUGGAGAGGAGUCUGAAGGUUUACAUCAAAACUGUGGCCUGCUACCCAGAGAAGACCACCCGCAAGAUGUACAACGGCUUCUGGAGACACUUCAGACAUUCAGAGAAGGUCCACGUCAAUCUGAUCCUGCUGGAAGCACGCAUGCAGGCGGCCUUGCUGUACUCCCUAAGAGCCAUCACCCGCUACAUGACGUGAGGGGCAGCCCUUCCACUUCCCUGGCACCUCACUGCUCCCUCCCGCUGGCCCUGGAUGGGGCACUCUCCACUGCCAUCACCCUGUCCCCCUAAUGCUCACGAGUGCAUAGGAAUUUAGUGACCUGUUGAUGGGAGGAAUUCUGACGUAAUGGCUUGUAUCCUCACUCUAAAUCAGUACGGAGGCUUCAUGGGUUCUCCUGCUCUUUCCUGCACAGUGCACCAGGUGUAACAGGGGACUUCACAGCUCUGUCUCUAUAUGGUUGUGGACUUUGAAACUAAUUCACAUUUAUCCCUGCUUCACUUGGGUGUGGGAUGUCUGUGUUGUUACCAGUGUUUAUUCUUUAUUUAUAUGUUGUAAUGUUUUAAGAACUGUUCUGAAAGGAAAGCUGUAAGGUAUGUGCUUAUCCCAGUUUUCUGAUUCCAGUCAACUUUACCCACCUUGCCAGUCCGUGCUGGGCAGUGAUACCAAGUACCACCCACCUGCCAACUGGGUCUUUCAUUGGCACAUAGAUUCCAGCUUCAACUGGAGAAAAAAGGAUAAAACUACACUGGUUCCGGUGUAGUUUCUGUUCAAUAAAUCAAUACACUAGCUGCAAAUUGAGUGUUGAUUUAAGAGCCCAUCGUGCUUUGCAGGCUGUCCUGUUGGGGGUGCCCUGCUAAGUCAUUACUGCCUUUCUCCAAUCUGCCUGGUUAAUGAGCACAUUUGGUGUUGUAUCAUUUUGUCAGCUAAAGUGGAUAAAUGUUUGCCUUGGUGUAGUCAAUGCAAACACCUGUUCUGGCAGGUAAUUAGAUUGCUAAUGUGCAAUGAAACCGCUAUACAGGAGCUUUGCUACCUUUGAACUGAGACCAGCUGUGAAGCUGGUGCUGAAGGUUCAAUGUGUAUUACCUUAUCUUGAGUGUAUUUCUAUUUGUGUGAAGUUCAGAUAAUAUUGCUUGCUUUGCUUCACUGCUUCUUUACUACAGUGUGUUCAGGAGUCUGCAGCUUGUGAAAUGCAAUCUCUGAUUGGUUUCCUGUUUUUUGCUUUGUCACUUUAGGAAAAAAAAAUUGCAAUUAACUUUAGUCCGGUCACAGAAACACAGAAUCUAAUGCUAAAAUGUUAUGCUGGUUCAGUAGAAAGAAAUUCCAUCAGAAAUUUUAGACUGCAGGUUUAUACCUCUUACUGUGUCUUCUAUACCCAUAUUUUUUCUUAAAUUGCUCUCAACCUCUGUGUUUGUGCCUAACAUGUCUCCAACCAAUAUCUCAGGACCACAGUGCAUCUAUUUUUUAUAAUAAUGGCAACCUUAUCUAGGCCAUCGCAGGCUUUGCUGAUAUUUCAAACCCAAUAUUUUUCAUAAGUAUUUGUUUUAUCCAUUAUGGUUAUUCACAAGUGAUGCAGAAAUUUUUGUGUAGAUUGGUUUUUGUACACAAGUUAACUUUUGAAAUAGGUAUUAAUAAAAUAACGUGGGGGGGAUUUUUCAUUGGUAGGUAUUAGUUGAAUAUUUAGUUAAUGUCUCCCAUCCUUUUUGCCUCUCAUUAAUUUCUACCUCACCACGAGUCAUUACACACCUCACUCGUCAAGCCUCAUGGAUAUGUCUUCAGCUUUGAGCAAACAGCUCUUUUUGGAGUUGCCAUUCUCCCUCCCGAAUCAGUGUUUACUUGGUGAGAAUUUGGUGCACAGUUUAAUACCACUUUGUAUACUGUGGUGCAAAAUCCAAGGCACAAAUGAAAGGAGGGGUGUCAAAUCCAGGCUCACUUUUUUUUUUCCAGCUCUGUUUGCGGCAGACCAGACUUAACUUGAGAAUUUUAGGAGAGUUAACUCUUAGUGAACUUGGGAGUUCCCUUUAAGAGUUCAUCUGAGUUUUGGAGAAGCAGCCUGGAUGCAAUAUGAAAAGGAAGUUCUUUAAUCAGUUACUCCAUGUGCAGUUUCAGCAUUUACAUAACUGCAAUCCAGCCUCAGCAGGUACAUGUUCGAGUAUAUGCUGAUCCCUACACUUCAUGCGAAUGUUCACUUGUGAAUAUACGCUCGUAUAUUAAAACUGUGAAAGAGAGGCCCAUGAGGGCAAUUGUCAUGGGUUCCCCGAGGCUCAGGCCUCCUGUUCAUAUUAAACAAUAUCUGCAGGCUCCUUGACCUCUCCCCCCCUCUGUCAAGCUCUGGAGUGUAUGUCUUAGUGAAUCUUCCCCAGUUUCCCCAGAACUACUAACUGGAGUAUGUGCUGGAGAGCUGCAAUCUUUAUUAAGUGCCAAUGAGCACCCCCCCUCGUGUCUCAUGUUCAUGCAGACUCAAUCUUUCUUAACAGCAUGGCACUGGGUUAUUAGCACAAUAGAUUGCAGUAGAUUGUCCCUGUUAUUUUGCUCACAGAAUGUUUGCACUGUUUUCUUGGGCUGUUUAGCUUGUGUGAUGCAUUUUUUUACAUUUUGGGAUAUUGCUUCCAUGCUCUGUUUCUUUGAUUGAAACUGUAACCGCGGUGAUCGAGUACAGUGUUUCUGUGCUGUCAGUGUUCAAGCGUUACCUAUGGAGAGCCUGUUGGUUUUCAAUUAGUGACUGUGACAUUUCAAGGGAAGGUUCAGCUUCUGGCAAUCUGAAGCUUUCCUUUCUCCAAAGCAUUGUUCAAAAUGUCAUUCUAAUUAAGAAUGACAGAAUAGCAAAACAUAUCAACGGUCCUUUAUACCCCCUGUAUUGGAGAAAGCUUUAUAGUAUAGUCAAACGACAGUCAUUAACCAUUUUGUAAUGUUUCAAACAUAUUUUAUAACUCAUUUUGUGAAGAUGAGUACAAACUUUAAGAAACCAGGUGUUCCCGAAUCUUGCAAAACUGCACUGAGUCCAAUUUAACUCCUUCCAGAGAGAUUAAUCAGGUUAUAUUUUGGUUAUCAGCAGUAUUGGAUAUAUUAUAUACAAUUAAUGCUCUAUCCAACAAGAGGAAGAAGUUAAAAACCAACAAACUGACCCGCAGUCACAUUCAGCAAUGGUCUGCAUCUGACCUUGAAUGUGUACCCAUAUUAUAUGCUUGUUUUGUUUGGAAAUCUAGCUUUAUGUGUUGGGCAACACAGACACCAGUCUAGUGAGACUGGGCUGUUCCAGCCUGUCUCAUGAUGGAAUAGGGUUAACGCUUGGGGAUAUCCAGCUAAAUGGGGUUGGGCUAGUGAAAUCACAACUUCUUUUCCUGCCACAGGUAUGGAGCAGCACUAAGCACUGGAAUUGGGUACAAGCAUGAGUCGUAAAUGAGAAUCGAGUCCGGGUAUGGUUAAGGUUUUGGGAUUCUCAGUGAAUCCCCCUUUUUGGCUAGCUUUUGCUUUUAAAUUGUAUUUUAUAAAGCCAUUUCUACCGAUCUGCCAAGUAUUACUGGGUUUCUCAGUCCCUACUAAGUAUGUUCAGGUUUUCAUUCCACUCAAGCCCUUCGUUAAUUUGGACUAGCAAUUUCAUGGUUUCAUAAUUCACCUUGAAAAAGGUAUUACACAGAACCAAGUUCUCUGUGAUACUCCUGCAAUACUGUGGUGACAUUCUCGAGAGGUCAGCUUAAUGACGCUCUCAAAUGACUUCAGAUUGGUGAUUCUUUUAAAAAAACAUUUCUGCAACAUAAACUUAAAACCUCCCAAUUGUUUAUGAGCAGAAAAACAUUAGGAAAAGCUAAUGUAGUGAAUUUCUAGUUCAUUUAAGGGCUCUUACCGCAGGACGGGGCUGGAAUGGAAACCAGUUGUGUGAGGUAGGUAAAUGGUUGAAAACCUGUGUAUGUAGCAUCUGCAGUCUCCUUAAGGUGUGAGGCACAGCACUUUAUUCUGAUUGCUUUGAAAGCACAAUGCUGCUGUUUGUGAUUUGACACUACUUGAUGUGCGUCAUUAUUUUUUCAUUUGACAAGAGUCUGCUGUUUUAUUUUUCUUUUUUUCGUGGUACAGAUGACCUCCUUUGUAACACUUGAAUGUAGACCUCACAGUCAGAAAGAUUGACGUCCGGCGAUUGUGUGAAUCCACUUCAAAUAAGUAAAUAAAUCUUGAGUUGGAUAUAAAACGGA